UUCCUAAUUUAUACUUGUAUUUAUCACGUGUCAUUCUUGAAGUCCACGCAAAAUGGGGAAGAAAAGCAAACCGUCCCUAGGAAAAAGUAUUAUAAGACAAAGGGUUAAAAGUAGUGGAAAUAUCAAGCACGCAAAUAGCUGGCUGCAUUGCAGUGAGCUUGACAAUGACAGUGCACCCAACCUGCAGUCCAUCACUGAGCAAAGUGCUUUGGAUGAUUUCCUGGCAACAGCUGAACUGGCUGGCACUGAGUUUACUGCAGAAAAGCUGAAUACAACAAUUGUGACUCCAAAGUAUAAUGAAGGUCUUUUGACUAGUGAGACAGUGAUGGCAAUCAAACAAGCACAGCAAGAGCAUCAACAUUUCCUCAGAAUUCCUCGCAGGCCAGAAUGGGAUGAGAACAUGACAGCUGAAGAGUUAGACCAGACAGAGAAGGAAAGUUUUCUUCAAUGGAGAAGACAACUUGCACAGUUACAAGAAAAAGAUCAUAUACUCCUAACUCCAUUUGAACGUAAUCUCGACUUUUGGAGACAGUUGUGGAGAGUAAUUGAACGCAGUGACGUAGUUGUCCAGAUUGUGGAUGCAAGAAACCCCCUCUUGUUUAGAUGUGAAGACCUGGAGAAUUAUGUGACUGACAUUGAUCCAAAGAAAUGCAAUCUUCUUCUCAUAAAUAAAGCAGAUUUGUUAUCUCCAGAGCAAAGAGACUCCUGGGCAAGAUACUUCAGAAGUGUUGGAUUACCGGUGGCUUUUUGGUCUGCACAACAGGAAAGCGAGAGGCUUUUGAUGGCUACAGGUAAUGAGGAGAGUCAGAAAGAGAAGGAAGAGGAAGAGAAAAUGGAAAGGGAAGGACGAGAGGAAGAGUUACAAGGGGAUGGCUCUUUGCAAAAUUUGACACUUUGGUCAAAACUUGCAGAAUUGGCAGUCGAGAAUGAGGUGAAAGGUGCUGAAGAUUCAAGCGUUGUUGGCGUUGAAGCAAACAGUCCAAUAAAGUCGGACCUUCAUAUGAGUGAUCUUUCAGUAACAUUGUCUGAAGAUAGAAUUGCAAAUGUUAUGUGUCCUAGCAACAGCACCAAUGACGUGGACUGUAAACAUCUUCCCUCAAAUGUUCAAUCUUAUCAGAGUGAACAAGCAGUGGAUGUAGAAACUGACAACCAAUCUAUAACAGAAAAAGAACUACCUCUUAUAGCACACCUUGAUAGUACUACUGAUUGUGGAAUAAUUAAUGAAGUAUCCUUAGAAAAAAAGGCAAAGGAGUUAAACAGCUGCCUUAGUGUUGGCACUCAGUUGAAUUCAGAUACGGACUCAAAGCAUGAACGUUUGUUUGAUGGGCUGUCAGCAAACCUUCUGACGAGAGAUGAGCUGUUGGCUUUAUUUAAAACGCUUCACAGGGAAAAACAACAAAACACAGCGGAUUAUUCACAAAAGCUGCUCACAACUAUUGGUUUAGUUGGGUACCCGAAUGUUGGAAAAAGCUCAACAAUCAACACUCUUCUGAAUGACAAGAAGGUUCCCGUUUCAGCAACUCCUGGGCGAACAAAGCACUUUCAGACACUUUAUGUUAAUGAUGAGGUGUUGCUGUGUGACUGUCCAGGCCUUGUGUUUCCUUCAUUUGUGUCCACAAAAGCUGAGAUGAUCCUCAAUGGAAUUUUACCAAUUGACCAGAUGAGAGACCAUGUCCCCGCUGUCUCUCUUCUCUGUCAGAGAAUUCCUCGUGGUGUUCUUGAAGUAGUUUACGGUAUUAACAUUGCCCCACCCCAGGAAGGAGAGGAUCCCACUAGGGCUCCUUAUGCUGAUGAGCUGCUGUCUGCUUAUGGAUAUAUCAGAGGUUUCAUGACCUCGCACGGAAUCCCGGAUUGCUCCAGGUCUGCCCGCUACAUCCUAAAGGAUUAUGUGAGGGGUAAACUUCUAUACUGCAUUGCACCACCUGGACAGGAUGAAACAGAAUUUCAGCAAAUCGGCAAACUGCAAAACCUUGCUGAUGUUGAGAGGAAAGAUCGGGAGGCCAGAGAGAGAGCUCACAAACAGAUGAGCGAUGUGGACAAGAAUUUCUUUAAACAGGAACAAGUUCGCUGUUUCUCUCGAGGCUUCCACACUACAGAAUCAAGACAGUAUGGUAUUGUCCCUCCACAAGAAGCUAGUGCUUUGCUUUACAAGCCUUGGAAGAAGCAUCAUAACAAGAAUAAGAGAGAGAAACUUCGAAGGCUUGUUAAAAAUUAAAAAUAUUGCUUGCGGUGUUUUUCUCAAGCCUGGUUUUCACCAGAGACGCAAGCGCAAGAAUAAGGUGUUUAUGCCUAAUGGAACGAAGGAGGAGCUACGGCUUUUAUUUGACGCUUGUGCCUUUUAAUUUCUGUGUUUAAAUUCCCUACACUUUUUGUCAUACAAUAUUCUACAGUUCCAAACGUGGGAAAACUUUUCAUCAAAAUCAACCGCGGCCUCUGCAGAUUUGUUCAAAUGGGAGGAAAUCUGGAACGAGUGUUUUAAUUGGCCAGACUGUGCUAAUGCGGUGUUUCGUUUUCACAUGGCAUAAAGCGAACGCAAGCACAAAGAAAGGAAGCAUUUUAACCCUUGAGCUUGCGCUUGUGUUUAUCCUUGGGUCAAGGACGUUUUUACAGUGACAUAAGAGCUGUGCUUGUGCUUGUCGCUAUAGUGAAAACAAGGCUUUAGUGUGUUUUAGUAAAAUCAAUAAAUCUCUAUUUAACAUACUUUG